GCCUUUGUGUGUUCCUUCAGCUUGUGAAAAAUCAAAGAGGAAGAACAAGAGCUAUACAAGAGCUUAUGGCACUAACGAAUGGCUCUUCCCUCCAGAGCAUUUACAGGAAGUUCAAGCCGCAACUCCUCAUGGUUCUGGUUCAGAUUGGCUAUACCUUUCUGUAUUUUAUUACAGAAGCUUCCUUCAAUCAUGGAAUGAAUCCUCAUGUCUAUAUUACUUACAGACACAUUGUUGCUGGUGUAGUGAUGUUACCUUUUGCCUAUUUUCUUGAGAGAAAAGUAAGGCCGAAGCUGACAGUAGCUCUUAUGCUCGAAAUCUUUGUCCUUUCUCUCCUUGGGGUUGGUUUGACUCUGAACAUGUAUUUUGCAAGCUUAAGAUACACCUCCCCAACCUUCGUUGCAUCAAUGGUCAACACCAUAGCUUCCCUGACUUUUGUAAUAGCCGUUGUACUCAGGUUAGAGGUUCUUGAUAUUCGACAUCCUCGAGGGAUGGCAAAGGUUCUUGGUACCUUGAUCUCCCUGGCUGGUGCAAUGACCAUGACACUGUACAAGGGGUCUCUAAUGAGAGAUCUAUGGCAACCUUUAAUUCGUAUUGAUCAAGGGAGUGCUGCUACCCACGAGAACUGGUUAAAGGGUUCUCUUCUAACAGUUGCAAGCUGCAUAACAUGGUCCAUAUGGUACAUUAUGCAGGCAUUUACAUUAAAAAGAUAUCCGGCCCAACUGUCACUGACCGCAUGGAUGAGCGUUAUCGGAGGAGCACAAUCAGCUGUAUUCACAGUGAUCAUAGAACAUAAACGAGCAGCUUGGACCAUAGGAUUCAACAUUGAUUUCUGGUCCACCAUAUAUGGUGGAAUAGUGGUCUCUGGUUUGAUCGUCUUCAUCCAACUGUGGUGCACGGAAGAAAGAGGUCCAGUUUUUGUGACCGUGUUUAAUCCCCUUUCAACUAUAUUAGUAGCGAUUCUGGGAUACUUUGUCUUUGGAGAAAAACUUUACAUGGGCAGCAUACUAGGGGCAAUCAUCGUCAUCCUUGGCCUAUACAUGUUGCUGUGGGGGAAAGAUGGUGACCAACAAGCUGUUCACAGCGACUCCCAAGAGCAAACUUAUUUGACUUCCAAAGAGCAAAAGGAAAACAAGAAAUUGAUUCUCCCUUCCGCUCUUAAGGAAGGAUCACAGUGCGAACCUUAA